ACAUGCAGGAACGGGUGAUAUGUCGCCAGUUGUGUGAGUGAAAUUAUAAUGUUUCCCAGUGCAUACAGUUCAGUUUUACAGUGAUAACUCAUAUUUAUUCAGAGAACCAUGUCUUCAUGGAAAGAGACAACGUCUUCUUAGUGUUAGGGUUCCAACAGACAGAGGACCAUGGGUAGCAGCCCCAGUAAAAGGGAAAGUGGAUGCUUGGGUCUUCAACAGAGCCCUAGGGGGCAUGGUGAGGUUAAAUUACCAGGGUCAAGACUUAGAUUCUCCAAGGAACAACUCCAGAGGUUGAAUCUUCAUUUGACUCGCUUGGAACAACAUAACAAUCAAGGAGGCGACCUGAGCAGAGAGAGGGCCAGUGCCGCUGUGGAGGUUGUGGUGGAGCGUCUUGUACAGCGCCUGGUGUGCGGCGCCGCGAUGCUAGACCCCAGAUUCUCAAGUAAAUUCCUAGCAACUUUGGACGGCAUACGAGACCGCGGUGUACCUGGUCGGAGUCCUCGUUUCGAAUAUCUUGUGCGUCUGGAUGCUCUGUCGUCACCAUCAGUGUAUCAGGAAUGCGGAACCCAACUGACGUGCCGUGUGGUGGAAGGCCAAGGUGGCGACGGGAUCCCACAAGGCUUCGCAAAAGUGCGACUACAAGGCGAAGGUGCUGAACAGUGGGCAGAAUUCAUCAACCCAGCGGGGUUUCUGCGCAGAGACAAAAUCCAGGAGAGAUUUGUAGAGCUGCUGGCUCAAGCAGCGGCAAAGGCUUCGGCCCCUGUGAGGCCGGACCUAGUGGACGAAUCUCGUCUCUGCGGCAGUCCAGGCAAGAUCGUGGAUGUCGGUCUCCUGGACCAGCUACUGAAGCUGUCACCUGAACAGCAGCUCUUCUAUGGCCCAGCGGACUGCAACCAGAGUCGCUUUCCGGAUCCACGCGACUUCCGGAUCGCUAUUGUCGAGGGCGCCCCCGAGGUGCGGCUGAGGAUCGGUUUCUUGUCACCUGCCCUUGCCGGGUCUCGAGCCGAGGACGUAGAAGUGAAAUUGAUCCUCGGCGUGGGCUGCUCCGGCUGGCCACAGUCAAGUGACUUCCCAGCCCGCGCGCCUCUGGGACAUAUCGACUGUCUGUUGUUUCAGAAGGCAGCCCAGACGGGCUUCUACCUUGUUCCGGGCCCGCCACACCCCACAGUUCGAUGUGACGACCGCACUGCCACCUGGCAGAUCUGGCUGCCCGCAGCAGAACUCACCUUGCUCACACACUACUCCGCUUCCAGCGUACCCUCCAGGGUGCUUGUCGUCAUGGAGACGAUUCUGCAGCAGUUGCGGGGACGUACCAGUCGACAAGUUCUUGGCGGCUUCGGCCUUCCUGUUACGAGAAAUCAGGAGUUCCUGAAGGUGGUGAGCCGGUAUAUGUUACGGACACUACUCUGGUUCCAACUGGAGCACACCAGUUCGAGUCCGACUGCCAUGCUCCUGUCAUGGACGUCCGACACGCUGGCCGUUCACGUCCUGCGUCUCGUCGAUGCACUCAUCGUCGCCCUUAAGACUCAGAGGUUCCGUUCGUAUUUCUUCCCUUGGUGCAAUGUGAUGCUUCAUUCAGUGUCAGGCGGCCAGCACCAUCCAGAGGAAGACUAUCUCAGUGACGGAGAGAUCCUGGAAGGUUUCCUCACGUGCCUGUACGAGGAUUCGGCCACGGUUGUAGUGCCACCUGAUGAUGAUGACGUGGACACGAAACGGUGUCUCAUAUCGGAGCGACUGGAAGUGGCGAUCAUACGAAAAUGGGGGGGCGUUCUCGCUGACUUGGCUCCACCUGCAACGACCAGGUCCAGAAGACUGAGUUUCGGAAACAGGACACUGAACCCCGCGACGUACACGACAGCAGGUUACACGCAGUACACCCCUCGGCAACUGGACUACAUUGCGCAACUCUUCCGAGAGAUGCUUCUGGUUCGCCAGCUAACACUGCAGAGUCAUAACUCUCCAACGUGGUUCCAAGUGCCUCAACAGACGUCAGAUCCAACUCUCCAGCAGGAAGACCCUGUGGAGGACCUGAUAUAUCUCCUGUCAGCUAUCUUCGAGCAAGCAAAGGAACUGGCCCUGGGUGACAUGGGCAGCACUCCUGUGGGAACAUACGUUGCUCCCUCCGGCAGGUCUAGAAGACGGACUUCCUCUAAAAGGAGUGUCCGCAGGAAUCUGGGAACCAGAGUCGAUAGUGACAGUAAACUGAGACACAACUUCGAUGCUUCCACCAUCUUAUUGAUCGAUUCGGUUCGUCGAGAUGUUGAUACGUCAAAUGCAGAUCUGUCAGAUGAUUCAGUGUUGGUCCGCCAUGUUUUAAAGUGGUUGUACAAAGGACUGGAUGAGUACAGGAAACAUAUGGCUCCAGUUCUGAGGCCAUACCUGAACCGCUUGUUUGCUGCAUCUCAUGAAAACUGCUGGCAUCUUGAAGAGUGGAGACGGAGGCUAGAAGAUCAAGAGGAUGAGGUGCGGGUGUUGGGGGCUUUCUGCCACCUGGUGACAGCUUCAGAAGUGAGCCCCACCGGAGCUUUGCUUGAUGCUGUUACUAAGGGGUGGACAUGGGCCGGGAACAUGUUGGACAUGGCGGAGUAUCUCGUGCAGUCGGACAUCACCGGGCAGCCGGAAGUCGGACUGCAGCUUGUGUUCACACCGGCAGAGGACAAAGUUAUUAGACAGUGUAUUUCAGUGCCAUCUUCACGUGAUGAACAACUUCUUCAACCGCCUGAAAGCAGAUAUUCGACUUACAGCAGCUCGAAGUCGAUAUAUAAUCGUUUCACAGGAACUUUGAAGAUGAAGAAAGCCACGUCGUCGAGGGGAGCGUCUGUUACAUUGCCGUCACUUCUGGCACAGCAAUGCAACAACUGGGUUUCUCAAGGACUUGGAAGCAGUGCGUCUGUGGGGAGAAUUGGUAGUCAGCCUCCCCACUGCCGACUACGAGACGCCAGCCCCCUGACCCUUCUUCUGGACGCCCGGCGGCGUUAUGGACAUCAGAGGGGAGUUGGGGACAUCGUCCAGGCACUCGUCUCAUUGCAGAAGUUCUCUGUGUUGCAGGAUGUCUCUGCUCUCCUGCCAGAUGAUGAACGUGUUCAGAUGCUGGAUGCUAUACAGAAGCUAUCGAAGGAAACGCGUCGCGCCGCUGCUGCGAGGAGGGCUCGUACAUCCUUGUUGCGUCCCAACAGCGACGCUACGGCCACCAGCCGCACUCUGAGGAACAUCAAGAAGAAGUCCCACAACUCUGUCUCCAACCUUCCAGAGAUUUACCGUCCCAAAGAAGAAUUCCACCCCUACACUUCAGAUGCGGCAAAACAGGCUGAGGAGGAACGCAGAGCUCUUGCCUUAAAGCAGCAAGAAAAUAUAGCACAAAGAGAAAAAGAACUUACAAAAGAACUUGAUAAAAUUAAGGCUGGUGGUACGCUACUAGGCACGUGUCGUGCAGUUAGGACACAAUGUGGUACUGCUAGGCAUAAUUUCUUAGGGGGUGUAUCUGCGUAUAAUGGGUCCUUAGUUCUAGACACAACUCCGUCUCUGCCAUUAAUAAGAGAAACAUCGUUAACUGCAAAUUUCGGUCCAUUCGGUUCGUCUUCAUAUGACGGAAUACACAAUUCUAAUGUGGCUUUGCUCCAGCUGACAGAGGACAGGCAGCUGAGGUUUGCCAGGCCUUCAAAUGCGUUGAUACAUUCAACUGUUCAUGUUGACGUCAUUGCAGGAAAGGUCAUCAGUAGGAAAAGAGAUAUUGUAACAAAGCUCUGAGCCCAUGGAAUGAAUCUUAAUAGUUUCACCGCUAAACAUUAAUACAUUCGAGACAUUGGUACUGGAUCUGCACUGACAAACCUGGAAGCAGCUGCAUAUAUGCAUUUUGAACACCUGGUUUCCAAAAAUGUAUAUAAAAAAAGGAAAAGAAUAAUUACACCGAGAGGAUUUUACUUCUUUACUGGAUAAUUUACUCGCUAUCGAGGGUAUAUAGUGCAGGGGAUAAUCGUUCAGAUGUACAAGAUAUUUAUUUCCAUUUAUGGGACCCCAAGGGAGGAAAGGAUGAACGAAAUGAGGAUAUGUAUUGCAAGAUCUCUCGCUCACUCAAGGAGCUGAGCCCUGCUGGAGGAGCCGCCAAUUAUGCAGCUACUCAUGAACUUCCCAGAAU